CCAUGAUGGAUGUCGAAGUCCGACAAUCCAAGCUCGUAGGCGGAGGCCGCGGUCUCUUCGCCAAGAAGUCAUUCGAUACGGGUGAUGUCGUGUACACUACCAGUCGUCCUUUCGUUGCCGAGUUAGACACAACCCGGCUGCAGGACACAUGUGCAUGGUGUUUCCGACAGCCAAGAUGCAAUGAUGAGAGUGCCAACGAGGAAACUGCUGUCCUCCCCUGCGCCGCUUGUAAACGAGUGCGAUAUUGCUCCAAGACCUGCCAAAGCAAAGCCUGGAAGCGCGAGCACAAAUACGAAUGUAAAGCGAUUGCACCACAAGACCGUCCAGAUCUCCCUCACGGCGUGCGAGCGGUGAUCAAAUUGCUCGGCAGGCUCCAGGCGGACCCGCAGGGCAAGGACGAGCAGCUCAUUGAUAUCCUGCGCUUCCAACCGUAUGCUGAUGAGGGGCUGCUGGCGGCUAUGAAGAAGGCCAAACCGCAGCGCUGCGAGGACUUCGAUAUGCUGGCGUAUGGUGCGUGGAAGUACGCGGGCGAGCCGAAGAUUGGCGAUGUUGAUUCACUGGGACUGGCCAAGGGUUUCUUCUAUAAUGUGAUGAACAAUACCGUUUCGCUGAGCGGGAUGGAGGACGUUUCACUCGGCACCGGCUUCGAUCCGAUUGUGUGCAGCGCAAAUCACUCCUGUGACCCCAACACGAUUGUGGUCUUCAACCAGCCUACGCUGGUCGUACGCGCACUGCGACCGAUACCUGCUGGCGAGGAAAUCUGCAUCAAGUACAUCGACAUCACGAACCCACGCAGCGUACGUCAAGCGGAGCUCCACGAUCAGUAUUACUUUGAAUGCAAAUGCAGCAGAUGUGAACAAGGAAGCGAAGCACGCGAAGAUCGCUUCCUCAAACCAAUUGACCAGUUGAACCCCACUUUCUCCAAGGUCGCUGACGGCCUCAUCCAACGACACACGAAGCAACUCGAACGCUUCGCCAUCGGCGACAAUGCCUCUCCUGCACAGCAACGCCUAGCCGCGAUUUCGGCGGAGGCGUUCUCCGUAAGCGGCACCACAUUCGACUUCAACAAGGGCAACGAGCACGCCAGCGAGGACGAGACGCGCGAUGCGCUCCGCCUCUGCCUGAACUCCGGCAUGUGGGACUGGGCGCGACAGCCCGUGCCGCACCUACUCCGCCAGCUCCUCGUAGCGAAGCUUUCGACGGGACAAACCUAUGCCGCCUGGCGCAUCGCCGCGAAGAUGCACUUCCUCACCGCACCGAUCCUCUUCCCGACCCCGUCAUACCCGGACCGUCUGCUCGACGCAUGGACGCUGGCGAACAUCACGAACCAGCUCAUCUCCCCCGACGACGACGCGCUCUACCGCGAGAUUCUCCGCGGAGGGCUGGAUCUGAGGAUCGUCUCUGCGGGACUUAUCCUUGAAGUGCACGAGCAUGUUACCGGCUCAUACGGUCGCGAUUCGCCGCUGGGCAGGGCGGUGGAGGCGGCCCAUCGGCAGUUGACAGCGGCGAUGCAGAUCUCGAAUGAGGAGUUGAGGGAGGAGAUCCGGAGGACGUGGCCGAAGUUUGAGGCUGUCGCGAGGAGCGCGGAUGUGUUAAAUGUGUGAUCAGGCCUUCCAUUUCGAUAUGAGGAAGACUCAUGCCACGAGGUCGCGGGAGGUGUGCCUGCUGUAGCUGCGUCGUGAAUGUGCCACUGAGGCUCCACAGUGGCUUUUCCAAUCUGCUGGAACAUGUCAAUGCAAUCUGGGGAGCAAAGAUUGCGAAACUAUUCUAGGGUGCUCACAGUGCGUAAGGGCUAGGAAAAAAGUACGCUAGUAAGAGGGUAAUCGAAAGAGGAUUUUACGGAAAAACCGAGGAAAAUCGAGAGCUGGAAGGCCAGUGCUCAACAACGCGGCGUCGUGCCUACGUAAAACUUGUAGAAGCUUUUCUAUAUAUAUAGGUCUCGGU